GUCAAACAAUAACAGGACUCCCGGGCCUCUCAGGCCGGGUUAGUUCUGCCGGGCUUCGCGGGCAAGUCUCUCAUUUAGCACGUCCCACUUCCACGACUGACAGUCUUUAACCGGAUUUUCUCCUUCUAGCGGAGCCACGGGCAAUUUGGAAAGAUCACUCCAGGAAGGACAAAGAUCCGGAAGUUAUGGGACCUUAGCAGCUUGGCCUUCCCGGAUCACCCCGAAUAACCACUUCGGAAUGGAGCCCGAGGUUCCACUGGGAUGCCAUACGCUCUAAAAUCCCGAGCCACGAAUCCCCAAAGUUCCGAGAUCCGAAAGUCUCAGACCCUGAUGCUUUGUGCGUUUUAUUUCGGAAUCCCCCACACCCUGGGAUGGGGUGGUGGUGGUUGGAAGAACCCCUUAGGCCGGCUCAAGUUUCCCCAAAGCCCCACUCCCCCGCCCAAGUGUUCAGCUUGGAGUUCGGUUGGUCCUAACAUCCCCAUCAUCUACACUCGGGCCUCCCAACAUUGCAUUCCUCUGUUGGUGCCGCUAGCCAAGCUUGCAUUCCCCCCCAAAAUCGCUAAAUCCCCAGUGCCCCGCCCCCAGCCCCCUCUAUUCCCCCGAGCUGAAAAUACACGGAGUCGAGAGCCCGUGACUCACAGAGGACACAUGAGGCUCAGUCAAGAGCUUACCCGAAGCUCAGGGGAGCGUGUCACCGUCCUGGGAUGCACGCUCCGAGGCUGGACGCCAGGUGACCCCGGACCCAAGCUACUACCUGCGGCCAGGAUGGUGGCUCUGGACUUUUGAAGAGCUCAAAACUUUUAGCGCCAGUCCGGAGCACGUGGGAGGGGAAAAUCCCAAUCCCAGCAACCCUCGCGAGGCUCCUGGCACAAAGCUGGACAGUCGCCAUGACAAGCUUCCCCGAUGGAUAAAAAUACGGACCCUGAACUGAUGCCACCGACACCCGAUGGCGAUGAUCCGCCCGGGGUGUCCGCAGAUCCCAUGGCUGUCUCAGCUGUGUCCCAGGAGCUGGAGGAGGGGGACCCAGCUUCUCUCUCCAUUCCCCUGGAAACAGGGUUUGGUAUUCCUAGUGGGUUGAGCCCUCGAGUCGAAGAGCAAGAACUUUCUGAAAAUGUGAGCCUUCCUGCAGAAGAAACGAACAGGCCAGAGUUGGGGCCCGGAGAAGACGUGGAAGGUGUGUCUGAGGAACCCGCUCCAGAGGAUGAGGGAUACACCGUCUGGAACUACAGCUUCUCCCAGGUACCUCGGUUUCUCAGCGGUUCCUGGUCAGAGUUCAGCACCCAACCUGAGAACUUCUUGAAAGGCUGUAAGUGGGCCCCUGAUGGUUCCUGCAUCUUGACCAAUAGUGCUGAUAACAUCCUGCGGAUUUAUAACCUGCCCCCAGAGCUGUACAAUGAGGGGGAGCAGCUGGAAUAUGCAGAAAUGGCCCCCGUCCUUCGAAUGGUGGAAGGCGACACCAUCUAUGAUUACUGCUGGUAUUCUCUGAUGUCUUCAGCCCAACCAGACACCUCCUACGUGGCCAGCAGCAGCCGGGAGAACCCGAUUCACAUCUGGGAUGCCUUCACUGGAGAGCUCCGGGCUUCCUUUCGCUCCUACAACCACCUGGACGAGCUGACGGCAGCCCACUCGCUCUGCUUCUCCCCGGAUGGCUCCCAGCUCUUCUGUGGCUUCAACCGGACUGUGCGUAUCUUCUCCACGUCCCGGCCCGGCCGCGACUGUGAGGUCCGAGCCACGUUUGCAAAAAAGCAGGGCCAGAGCGGCAUCAUCUCCUGCAUAGCCUUCAGUCCAACCCAGCCCCUCUAUGCCUGUGGCUCCUACGGGUGCUCCCUGGGUCUGUACACCUGGGAUGAUGGCUCCCCUCUUGCCUUGCUGGGAGGGCACCAAGGGGGCAUCACCCACCUCUGUUUCCACCCCGAUGGGAAUCGCUUCUUUUCAGGAGCCCGUAAGGAUGCCGAGCUUCUGUGCUGGGAUCUCCGGCAGCCUGGGCGUCCACUGUGGUCCCUGAGUCGUGAAGUGACCACCAAUCAGCGCAUCUACUUUGAUCUGGACCCGAGCGGGCAGUUCCUAGUGAGCGGCAGCACUAGUGGGGCUGUCUCUGUGUGGGACACUGGCGGGGCUGGGCAUGAGGGGAAGCCGGAGCCAGUGCUGAGUUUCCUGCCCCAGAAGGACUGCACCAAUGGAGUGAGCCUGCACCCUAGUCUGCCUCUGCUGGCCACUGGCUCCGGUCAGCGUGUGUUUCCGGAGCCCACGGAGAGUGGGGACGAGGGGGAGGAGGAGGUGGACCUUCCCCUGCUCUCCAUGCGCCACGUCCACCUUGAAUGUCAGCUUCAGCUCUGGUGGUGUGGGGGCGGCCCGGAUACCAGUGUCCCUGAUGCUCACCAGGACGAGAAGGGACAGGGAGGGACAGAGGGAGGUGGGCGUGAGUUUAUAUAAAAAGGUUUUAUAUGA